AUGAAUAAGUUGAUUAACUAUAGUUGGCAUAUUAGUAAUUUUCCUCGUUCGAAAGGGGUCUUGAUCUUGUGCAACCCUAUCCAUGCUAAGAUCUCUUCUUUGUUCUCUCAGGUGGUCUUUUUUAGGCAAUUUGUUGCUUCAGUAACAAAGGUUGACUAUCUAACUAUGCGUCACGGUUUUAUCAAUGCCCACUUGGCACCUAAUGGCAAAUUUGACUUUCAUAAGUACAUCAAAAGAUCAAUGGAAGAUGAUUUUAAGGUGGUCGUCGGUAUUAGUAUACCAUUGUGGACGUGCUGUAUCAUCUCUCUGCUUUUAAAUGUCUAUGGAUGGUACACACUCACAUGGAUAUCAUUCAUGCCACUAGCGACACUUCUACUAGUUGGAACAAAACUUGAAGUUAUAAUCAUGGAAAUGGCUCAACAAAUCCAAGAUCGAACUACUGUAGUAAAAGGGGCUCCUGUGGUAGAGCCUAGUAACAAAUAUUUCUGGUUCAAUCAACCUGAUUGGAUUCUUUUUUUGAUACAUCUUACCUUGUUCCAGAACGCAUUCCAAAUGGCUUACUUUCUAUGGAUAUGGUAUGAGUUCGGGUUGACCUCGUGCUUACAUGAAAAGUUGCCAGAAAUCUUGAUAAGGGUGUUUCUUGGUGUAGCCCUUCAGGUCUUAUGUAGUUACAUCACCUUCCCUCUCUAUUCCUUGGUGACACAAAUGGGGGGGUCUCACAUGAAGAAGGCAAUCUUUGAAGAGCAAACAGCAAAAGCUGUAAAAAAAUGGCAAAAAGCUGCUAGGGAGAGAAAGAAGUUGAGGAAGGCAGGGGCGACAGAUGUUUCAUCAUCUGGGUUCAUGAGGGGAGAGAAUACACCAAGCCAUAACUCAUCACCUAUACAUUUGCUCCACAAGUAUAAAAUCAAUUCUAAUGACAUUGAAAGUGUUCUCAGCUCUCCUACGGCUUACCAUUCUGAAAACGAACUCUCUGAGAUUGAAGGUCCAGCGCGCCCUUCCUCUAAUGAUGACCAUGAAACAAGAAGAGUAGAAACUCAUCAUACUGAUUUCUCUUUUGUUACGCCUUGA